AUGCCGCCACCUCCGCGGCUCCGUCAGGGAGAGUCUGCGUGGGGCACGGCUGCAGAAGAUGUCAAUGUUACUUUUGAAGAUCAACAGAAAAUUAACAAGUUUGCAAGAAAUACUAGCAGGAUCACAGAGCUGAAAGAAGAAAUAGAAGUGAAAAAGAAACAACUUCAAAAUUUGGAAGAUGCUUGUGAUGACAUCAUGAUGCUUGAUGAUGGUGAUUCACUGCUGAUACCCUACCAAAUUGGAGAUGUCUUCAUUAGUCAUUCCCAAGAAGAGACACAAGAGAUGCUGGAGGAGGCAAAGAAAAGUUUACAAGAAGAAAUUGAAGCAUUAGAAUCCCGAGUGGAAUCAAUUCAGAGAGUGUUAUCUGACCUGAAAGUUCAGCUCUAUGCAAAGUUCGGAAAUAACAUAAAUCUUGAGGCUGAGGACAGUUAAAGGUGUUCUAAAUAUACCAUACAACUCUUCUUUGUUUUAUUAAAUGUUUUGAUAACAUUGUUCUAAUUACAUUAAAAAAAAAAAUCCACACACUUUCUUUUUUUCUUUUCUUUUUUUUUUUUAAACUUUCCUGUCUUGGUUUCCAUGUAUUUAAUGAGAGCUUUCUUAUUUUGGUUAUUGCAGUUAUUUAUUUGUUCAGGAAAGCAUUAGCUUCAUACUGUUGGUAAAGCAUCAAGAUUGGAAUACUUGCAUUGUUUAUUAAGGUAAUAAAGUCAGGCACAUAUUGUA